AUGAUGCAAGCAAGAGAUGAACUAGACUCUGCUCCAUCUAUCCUAGAACUCUUCCUGUCCGCAAAAAAAUUAUUACGAUUACAAACCCGAGUGGAAAACAGACAACUUAGGAAGGAAAACUCGAAGACGCAGAAGCUGCACAACGAUUCCGAAGAAACGACGUCCACCAGCAUGAAUGCAUUAGAUUUAUUGUCUCCCGUCUCUCUAGACGACUUGAAGAACAACAACAAACUUGGCAUAACGAAAUCGGUGACCAACUCAUCGACCACAACCGCGAAUGCCAACAGCUCAGUCAAGGCGUAUGUCACGCCCACCAGUAUGAACGACGACUCUCCUCCGGGCAGUAACUCCUCCAACAACAGCAGAAAUAAUUCCGAUACCCCCAACACCUCAGCAUCGUGGAGUUCUCAAAACCAACUCAAGAUACCCCAAAAGAAUACUCCCACCUCAUCUAAUACUACUAAUAAUAAUGAGUACAAUGACAGCAUAACCAAAUUGAAGGAAGAGCCUACGAGCCAGAACCAAACUAAAUCCAACUUGACGACAUCGAUAUUACAAGAACAACAGCAACAGCAACGACAACAACAACAGCACUUUAAUCCUAGGAGUAUCGACUCCCCCCGCAGUAAUAGUGACACUGCAUCCACGAUUUCUGGGCCUUCUAGUGGCACCUUAGGGAAUAGCGCAGCUGGCGAAUCUUCAACACCAACGGAAUGCCACAACUGUCAUACCCUAAAGACUCCACUUUGGAGAAAAGAUCCAGAGGGAAACACCCUUUGCAAUGCUUGUGGAUUGUUCCAAAAGCUUCAUGGAACAACCAGACCAUUAAGCUUAAAGACUGACAUUAUUAAGAAGAGAAACUCAAGAAGAUUACCUUCAAACACGAAAAUAACGCCAGGCUCAGUUGGGAACAACUCCCCAGGUGGUGCCUUUUCGUCACGUUCUAGGAAGAAUUCAUUUCAAGAUUUCUCUACGUCACUUCCAAAUAGAAAUCCAUAUAAUUACCCUAACGGGAUCCCCAUAUCUUCAUCAUCUUCAUCAUCAUACUAUGCGCAAAACGCUUUAUACAUGAACAAUGCCUCAUCAUUAAAUUCGCCUGCCAGAAUAAACAAUUCGGUGGGUAGCAAUAACAUUAACAUGAACAACAACCCUAACUUCAACAGCAACAGCAACAGCAACAGUAAUACAAAUAAUAAUAGCGUGGGCUCGAGGUAUAAGAAUGUGUUGAUUCUUCCGAAACCACAGGGCGGCGUUAGCACGCCAACGCUGUCGGCACAGCUGCCACAGAACAUUCUGCAAGCUCCCACACCAAGGUCAAUAGCAAUGAAAGGUAUACCAAUACCCAACGAACAUCACGAAUUGGGUGACCCUACCCUUUCAAUUUCUCCAUUUACUAAUGGAACCUCUACUGAUAAUAACAAAAGGAAGAAGGUUGAAACGGAUUUUUGCGAACCAUCGUCGUUUACUAGGAGGACUCCCUCUCAAGUCUCUCUCUCUUCUUACAGCAAGAGGGGAUCCACUACAUCAUUCCAAUCCAUGAGUUUAAGUAGAAGGACCUCUAAUGCAAAUUUCUCAAACUUGCAGAGGAAGAAUUCGGUGUUAGGGAACAUGAAUCAAGGUACUCCGCCAACAAACUCAUUAACACCAACUAACAUUGGGUUACUCAAUCAGAGGUUUUCUUCACAAACUGGAGGAUAUUUCGAAAGUAACGGUGCCAGAAACGGUGCCCAUACUCCAGGGAGCGAAAGAUCGUCAUUCUAUGAGGGCAGCCACUUUUCCACGAACUUCAAUGAUGAAAUUUAUGAUAGCCAGUUGAAAGGUAAUAAUAGUAACAACAAUAACAAUAUUGACAAUGCAGCUAGAUCCCUGGGAAUGAAUGACGAUGAAAUGGUUACAGAUGACUUUUUUAAGAAUUAUACUUCAUUGCAAAAUGAUGUGGACGAGCGAGACUUUGCAGAACCUGGACAAAAAUUCGAGAUUUCAAUUCCAGCUUCAAAGGCAGUGUCUUCGUUGACUACUGGAUUGAAGGAGGAGAAAAAUCAUUAUAACGGUGGUACCGGCAUAUCAGGAGCAAACCAAAGAGGCGAAGUGGAUCAGGAUUUAGAUUGGUUAAAGUUUGAGAUAUAA